UUCCCAUCCGGCCACUGUAUAUAAACAGCCAGGCAGUGGCAGUGCAGGGGCAGGUAGCCGUUCAUAAAUGGCACCCGCCAUUUUGGAUUGUGUGCGCUCCCUGGGAGUGCGCGGCACCGUGCUGUAUGGGACCUCUGUGGGAGGUCCCAAUCAUGUGAUCACUGAUUGGCCAAUUAGUGAUCACUACAUGUGAAAUCUGUGAAUGAUCACAGAGGUCACAUGGUACAAGGCUAUUCACAACAGCCUUGUACCAUGGGACAAGCUGUGACCAAUCACAGCUCACACAG